AUGCCUGCCCAACCCCCAGUUCCGCAUCUUCUCACACCUUAUGUAUCUUCGUUGCCCCAGUCGUCUCUGACAAUCCUGUCCUCAGUACUAGGUGCGACAGGAAACUGGCUAGUAUUGCGAUUCCUAUACACAGCACUUAGUGCGUCGACCAACUCCGACGAGACCUUUGGGCUCCAUGAGAACGGUGGCAGGAAGAAGAAAAAGGUUGUGCUCGUUAGUUUUCUGCGGGGUUGGGAAUUUUGGAAAUCGGAGGCAAAACGACUGGGUUUGGACCUUCCACGCCUCACUGACAAAAGCCAAUUCGCCUUCGUCGAUGGACUCUCCGAGCUUUUCCAUGCCCCCGUAGCUGCAGCUGAACCUUCUUCUCCGUCACGAUUGCCCGGUACUGUCCCUCGAACAGUACUCCCCAUUCGGUCCCAACCUAGUACGAUCCCAGCGCGAGCCCCGCAAACUGUGCCGCGAGCACCGAAUGGCAACCCACCUCAGGUGUCAAGAGAGAUCGGCCCUGUAAAGCGACUGCGCCUUUCAGGCAAUGGCAUUGCAGCUCUGGACUCUCUCGAGCAGGAAAUUUCAACCGUGGUCAAGAACCUGUCCACUGGUGAUGGAGAAGAAUCCGAAGUAUUAUUAAUUAUUGACCAGCCGGAUCUUCUGCUCGCUGCGACGGGGCCAAGUAGAGGCAUAGGUGCUACGGAGAUGAACGAGUGGAUAAUGGGCCUACAACAAAGCGCUUAUGCAACCGUUAUGAUACUCGCCGCCGAUUCCCCGUUGAUCCAGAACGCAUCUGCAUCCAACUAUGCGCCGGCUACGCCGUUGGAAACAGAGCAUGCUGCGUUCGCCAUAGGAUCUGCCCAUCGAGCACAGAUGGUGAUACAGCUGAGAAAUUUGGAGACUGGCGUUGCAAGGGAUAUUAGCGGUGUGCUGAGAAUUAGUAAAGGUGGUGCGUGGGGCCGAUCCGACGAGAGUUCCGAGGGAAAAUGGGAGGAGAAGGAAGUCUUAUACUUUGUCCAGAGGGACGGAGGCGUUAGCGUCUUUGGAAGAGGGGAAUAG